AUGGAGUAUCAGAUAGUGCAUGACAAAUUGUAUCAGAAGAUGGAAGACAAAGCAAUCGUAAAGCAACUAAUAGAUAGUAUUCUACAGCAGGUUGAGGGAGUACUAGGAAACAUUAAGUAUAUUCAUGAGGAAGGUUCCAAAACACUGGAGGAAGUGGUGACUAGACUGAUGAAGGGACAGAAAAUGGAUGAAGUGAAACUGAUGAAACGUGAUGAACUUGCUAUAGAUUGGCAUCCGAACUUUAACACAUACCUAGCCAUGAAACGAGUGUACGUAGAGACAAUGAACGUUUCAAACUGCUGGGUUCCUAAGUCUAUGUGCAGUGAAGCCUGCCAUCCUGGAUACAGGAGAGUUUUACGACAAGAAGAGCCACCAUGUUGCUUUGACUGUAUCCCUUGUUCAGAUGGAGAAAUUUCUAAUGCCUCUGGUAUGUGUAUUUGCACAAAGUGCCCACAAGAUUACUGGACAAACUCAGCGAAAAUCGUCUGCAUUAAAAAAUACCUUGAGUUUCUUUCUUAUGAAGAUCCUUUGGGCAUAUCAUUAGCAAUGACAGCUGUGGUUUCAUCACUGGUGCCAAUUGUUGUUUUAUGUAUCUUCAUCAAACACCAUAACACUCCAGUAGUCAAAGCAAAUAACCGGGAAGUCAGCUACUUCCUCCUUGUAACCCUUACAUUUUGUUUACUGACAGCUUUAAUAUUUAUUGGCCCUCCAAACAAUGAGACAUGCAUUUUCAGACAAACAGCUUUUGGUAUAUUCUUUUCCAUCUGUGUGUCAUCUGUACUGGCAAAAACCAUCACAGUAGUGAUUGCAUUUAAUGCCACAAAACCUGGAAGUCAUUUAAAGAGCUUGGUUGGAUCAAAGACAUCAUUUUAUAUAAUAUUUUGUUGUUUUGCAUUUCAGUUUAUUAUAUGUAUCAUAUGGCUCUCUAUUUCACCACCCUUCUCAGAUACUGACAAAACACUUCCAGAGAAAAUACUAAUUCAGUGUAAUGAAGGCUCCAUAUUCAUGUUUUAUUGCAUGCUGGGAUAUUUAGGCAUAUUAGCAACAAUAAGCCUUAUAAUUGCCUUCUUGGCCAGAAACUUACCAGAUGGCUUCAAUGAGGCCAGAUUUAUCACAUUUAGUAUGAUUGUUUUUAUAAGUGUGUGGCUUUCAUUUGUACCUGCAUAUAUCAGCACAAGGGGGAUGUAUAUGGUUGCUGUAGAGGUUUUUGCCAUUCUCUCAUCUAGCAUUGGCUUACUGCUUUGCAUUUUUUUACCCAAAUGCUAUAUUAUUCUUAUAAGACCCAGCAAAAACACAAGAGGGUACAUUGUAAGGCCACAAACCACAUUGUUUAAGGCAUAA